AGACCCCAGAAGUCCAACACGCUAAGGCCGCUCACUUCGCUGCUCACGCUGAAGCCAAAGCCCGUAACGCCAUCGUAGCUCACUCUGUAGUAUCCCACGAAGUCCCAGCCAUCGUCAAUGGUGUCCCAGUCGAUACCGUCGAAGUACAACACGCUAAAGCCGCUCACUUUGCCGCUAAGGCCGAAGCUCAUGAUCGCAAUGGAGAUUACGUUCAUGGUGUUGUUGGAUACACUGGUGUAAUAGCUCCAGUAGUUCAUCACGUACCAGCCAUAGUCAACGGAGUCCCAGUUGAUACCGUCGAAGUACAACACGCCAAAGCCGUCCACUACGCCGCCAAGGCUCAAGCCCUCAACGGUCACUACACUCACGGAAUCGUAGGAUACACUGGUGUAGUAGCUCCAGUUGCUCACCACGUCCCAGUAGUAUCCACUUACGCCCAUCAUUACACUCCAUCUGUAUACACUGGACCACAAUACGUCCCAGUAAUUGAUGCAUCCGGUGUCCCAGUAGAAACCCCAGAAGUUCAACACGCUAAGGCCGUCCAUUUGGCUGCUCACGUUAAAACCGCUUCCAAGUGGUAA